ACCACAGUGUCCGGAAAUUAACAAACUCGUGAUGUCAGGAGGAGUGGGACAGCGACACAAGUGAAAUUAACGUUUAUUUCACAAGUUUAUCGGGUAAUAAAGCUGUAACGUUCGCGACCAUGGAGUUAAUUCGUGAGAUGAGCGAUGGACGUGUUUUGGGGAGACUAUGGAUGUUGACUGGUCCAAAGUGAAAGUGUUUUAACGCGCGUGCUUCCUAUUUCACAUCGACCUGUAUUUCAGCAAACAUGACUCGACUUGAAUUAGAGCAAGUUACCGAUUUCGGCGAUUUCACGAGGGGAACGGAUUUAAAGGAGUUUUUAAAACAGGCGUACUCCAACGUCGCUUCUCAAAGCCUGACAGAUGUUCGUCUGAGUCCAGAUGGACGUCACAUUCAUGUCAUCGUGCGUCAGCCCACGAGCGGUCUUAUGACAUAUGACAGAUACCAUAAACCCCAUUUAAUGCAAUGUCAGAAGCACGCUGAUCUAAUGCUGACCCGCAGUGUCUCGAUAGUGGAUGUCAUUUACAUCGCCCAAAGCAAAGAAGACGGAGCAUGCGUACUUGCAGUCAUUUUUGAGAACGGAAAAGCAGAAUUUUGGAAAUUCCUAGAGUGCAGGCCGGGAUGGCAAUUACUCCAGACUGUGGAUCUGUGUAACAGCCCAGCAGCAAAAGUAGUAUCUGUGUGUAUUUGUGGGAAUUUCAUUGUUUGGUGUGAGGAGAGACCCUCAUGUGAAAGCUCCUGCAGCAACUUCAAAUACUGUGUCUGCAAACAGACUAUAGAAGUAAAUGAGGGGGGUGUCAGUUUGGGAGGUGUUAAAAUUGCAUUAUUCAAUAAUCCUCGAUACACUGCUAUCACUUCUGGGGAUUUGGUGUACCUUUUACCAGACCUGACUGAUGUUUUCAAAGUUUUUCUAGCGUGGUCCCCUGAAUCUGACACUUUUACAGUCCACAGUACCUGUCGUGGUUCACUUCUAAUGAAAAGUUCAAACAAAGAAUCAUCUGAUUUUAAGAGACUAGUUGCAGGCUGCAUUGGUAUUCUCUCCACUAUAAAUCCUCCGGAUAUCUGUGGAUUCUCACCUGCUGGAUGUGGAGACCUCCUGCUUCUCCUCAGCACCAGAUGGGUGUGCAUUAUGAAGAGGGAUGGCAGUCUAUUAAAGAUAUACAAAUUGCCUGACAAUUGCCUGAGCACUGGUGGAACACAAAAUAGCCUGAAUAUGUAUAAUGAAAUCCUUGCACUAACAGUAGGCAGGACCCUUUUUUUGAUAGAUACUAAAUGUGGUCUGGAAAUCGAAAGAAUAAGUCUGAAAAAGGAGGGCCUUCUCUUUGUAAACUCUUUGGACAGUCAAUCUCCACAAAUGCUUUCAGAGACCGGGUUAUUUAUAGUUACACCAAGAGAACUGGAUGCUAAACCAAAGCCAAAUUCAAUAGCCGUUGACUCGAGCACAUUGUUGGUAGAGGCCGUGUUUGAGGAGGCAUGUAAGUAUUAUCAGCAAAGAAGUCUCAGUAGCGCACAGCUCACAGUGGAGAAGCUCAAAAAAGGGGGGAUGUUUCAAGCCCCCAUAUCCCUGGCUGCCAUCCUCGGGGAUUACCUUAGCAACCAGAAGAGCAAAUCUGCAGAGAAAAAGUCCUCGGGUCAAGAGAGGUUGAUGAACUCUCUUGAAGCAGAGCUUAGGAGUCUUGUUAUGCUAGAGGACAUGAAAACAUCAAUGGUGAAGGCUUCUGAAAAAGAUGUGGAAAGCUACUGUGAAAGCCUGGUGCAGCAGGAAGUUUGCAGACUGCUCAGCGCUGAAAUCGACAAGGAAAACCUUCAAUACCUGAACAGCAUCUUCAAUCUCUUUCCCACUGAGUCCUGGCACGCCGUGCAGGCCACUCUGCAGUUAGGGUGCAAUGGUGAAGGUUCACUGUCCUCUAAAGCCUCCGCUGAAUUGUGGAAGAUUAUACUCAACCCCAUCCAGCAAACGGCAAACUUCGCUCACUGCAACAAUCAACAGAAACGCACUACAGGGAAUGUUGUACUUCCGGUCUUUGAGCUCCUUUGCCACUCCAUCUAUAAAUUCCAGCCAGGCUGGAUGCCAAGGUUUGUUGAGCUGGCACACCAGCAGGCCGGCAAUUCUUCCACCUCUUCGUGGAGUUACGGUGUUAAGGAGAGCUCCGAGAGCUUGCCACUUUACAAGAGGGCUUUAAUGGCACUUCCAUGCAAAGACCAACACCUGGAAGUGGAGCUGCUCUUGUGCAGUCAACGGCCCAAUGCGAUAAUGCAAGCUUUGCGAAUCCUCAUUGAACAGCGCAGAUGGGAGCGCGCCACGCAAGUCGCCGAGAAGUUUUGCCGCCAGAGCCCGUUUCUAAAUAAGGAGAUUUUUAGCGCUCUGUUGUGUGAAGUGUCCCAGCACAGGGACCUAGACCCUUAUUUGGAUCUGUUGUGGACUCUGUGCCCAGAGGACAUGAGCGUUACGAGCAUACUCAAUAUUGUAUUGACCAACCUCCCGUCUUCAGAACAGAACUUAGGACCUUUUGAGGCUCAGGGAGGCCAGGUCACAAUCGGGCUUUUGAAACCACUGCUCAGGAAAGUUCUCCAAAGGGAGACUAAACCUAGUCAAAGGUACGCAGACAUCCUUCAGUCACCUACCCGACCUCCUCCGACUCCUCCGCGUCAGGCAAAGGGACUUCCAAGGCUUGGUGCUGAGCUGGACAAUGAGUUGCAGGAAACCAAGCAAAGGGGUUCCCCUGGAGCCCAAAUGACACCCCAAGCCAGUUUGGGCUGACCUUUCCGUUUCCCAAUAUCAUGAGUGUACUCCUUUUUUUUAAAGAAUGGAGAUUUAUUCAAUCAUAAUUACCUGCUCUUAAAAAGUAUUAUUUACUACUGAAAAGAAUUAUGGGUUCUUUCUGGAUCAGAUGAUAUUUCAUGAACAGUUAAAACUGUAAAAUCAUUCCUGUAAUGAGAUUAACUGCUUUAAUUAUUCCUAAUAUAAAAUGUAUUAUAUGAGUUUUUGUUUGUAAAACUGUUGUUUUUAACAUUUAUUUGGUUUACUACAUUUCAUUGUACAUGUGCAUCGUACAUGUUUGGCAUAUGGACAAGUCUGGAUUUUAAGUUUAACCUGUAUUUUUAAUCUUCUAAAUCAUCACAUGGAGGCAAUGGUAUCACCCUGAUCCUAUUACAAGGUUAAACAUCAAUACACAAUGUUUUAUUUAUUUUAGAAACACUUGGCACUGUAAUCUCUUCUUGUUAAUCUCGCUUUUCUAUAUACAAUACACUACAGUCAAAAUGCUGUUGUACUUAUUUAAUCACAUGUGGAAGAUGUAUCACUGCUAAGACAUGUAUUAGUUAUUAAUAAGUAAAGGUACUUUAAAAUAUAAUAUAACAUGCAUGCUGAUGCAUUGGACUAUU